ACCCCUAUAAAAUCAAUAGUUUAGUCCAUUCUCGUCCCCAGACGAUAUUGUAGCAUUUGAUUUGGCGGGAAAAUUGAGACGAUCGGGUCAAAAGUAGUUUAAAGUACAGUAAUCUGGCGUAUUUCCAUUUCAAUUUGUUGCUAUGGAUCAAUACCUUCUCAUUGUUCAUACUGCACAUCCUAACGAUGCAGAUCUUAAAGUUCUCCAAAGAGAUACACUUGAUCUGAUACGAUCAUUGCAGACAGAACGGCGUCCGGCGCUUCACUCUUGGUUACAAGACUGUCCCAAUCAGGUCAUCCGUAGAGUCCCCUGCCUGCAUCUGGCUUUUGCAACGUCAUGGUCUGAACAUCUUACUCAGGAAAAGAACCAAGGAUCGUCAUCAUCCUGGCACGUCUUAGAUAAGACCCAUGGAGAAGAAGAAGAAGAGGAAGACUCCAAGAGAUGCUGGGUGAAGCAGGUAGAACUGUUGAUGGAGAGCAGGUGGACACCUUCACAAGAUUCAAGAAAGUACAGAAAUGAAGACAACAAGGAUUUUGAAGCCCACAUGACAAGUCUGGCAAGUUACAUUCAUGGCCUUGCUGACCAGCUUCCUGGUAGUGACAGUUUGAUGCUGAAUGUAGUCUGGAUCUCUUCUUCAGAAGAUGUCACAAUAGAGUCUCAUAUUCAGCUGUUGGGAGCCCUGAAGAGACUUCAUGACUGGCACCAUGCCCAUAUUGGGCUAGUGCCCACCUCAUCAGACAAGGUUACCAAUUUGCAGAUAGUGAGAAGUCUUGGUAACAAUGCCAGCCAAGAAGAGUCCCUGUCAGAAGCUUUGAAAUGUUCCCUGAACCCCCUUCAUCUGUGGAGAGGUUCUGUCCAUGUCCAUGAGUCUAAGGGCCCACAGUCUUUGUCCUUGCCAGGAUUUUCACUAGAAUGUAGAACCAACCCUCCCAGUAUUGGAAGAAUGAAGACUUCAUUGAUAUCAGGCAAGGACAACGAAAGCACAAGUUUAGUGACAACAGUAGCUGAAUAUCAUGGUUCUCUUGAACUGAGCCAGCACCUGGAGCUGGUACAGGUGGUACAGCUGGAAGAUGUGCCUCGCCACCUGAUAUCACCUGCGAGUCUCAACCUUAAAUUGUCAGCAAAACAUCCAAAGAUCCAGAGGUCCAGAACUCUGUUUCAAGAAGUUGCUAGUAAUCCCAAGAUGGGCCUGCUGACUAGACUGACCUGUACCAGAACACUGCUGGCUCUCAAGCCUUCCAAGGAGCGCAGCACUCAGGAAUGGAUGGACAAGUUCAAGAAUAAACCAUCAGACACAGCAGAAUGUUUCCCAUGGUUUGUAGCGCCCCCUGUUGAGGUGAAAGGGGCAGUGCAUGACUUCCACCUGCUUGUUGCUGGGGAUGGAGAAGGAGGCUGCAUGGCACACAUCCUGUACCCCCCUGCUCAACUAAAUGGUGCUGUCCUACACCGACUAGCAACAACUGACAAUCGAUUGUUAGAAGACAAAAAGCUUGACCUUACUCCAGUGGAGAACAUAUUGUGCCAGCUGCCUGACCUAACCAGUGGACUAGUGGGGAUGGAGAGGGACCUCCUACAGCUACAGGUGUAUGCCCUUAAGAUGUGGACAGAAGAGAAAACUGCCGCUGGCCAGCCUCCACAGUUGACAUACCAGGAGGUAGUGACAGUACUGAGUGCUGUAAAAGAGGAAUACUUAAAGAAAAGACUAGGAGCCACAAACAUGGCCAUAACACAUCUGUCUGGGAAAGGACUGGACUUAACAAACAUCAAAUGUGCCUCUGAGCUGGAUCUGGACAGUAAUAUGUGGCCAGAGAAGGAAGCUCUGAUUAACAGAGAAACUAUGGAGGAAAUUGAAAAAUCCAUGAAACGUCAGAAGUCUGUGGAUAUUUUACUUGGCGGGUUGCAACCACCAAAACGAAUGGACAAUGAAAUCAAGCUAGAUGCAGAGGAGUUCAUUAAACACUUCCUGUCCAAUGGCAUGGCUGCAAAAGACAACCUGACACCUCUUCAGUUACCUAAGAAAGGAAAACUGAGACAUCAAACAAAGCAGCCCCACAAUGUGGAACCUGAGCAGAUGAAGACCACAUCCUUCUCAGAGGCAGUUAAAACAGACCUCCCUGGAAUAGAGUACUGCCUGGACAGUAAACAGGCUGAGGACCAGGAUGCUCGGAUAUCACUGAUCCAGUCUAGAUACGUCAGCCAUGAAACCUCCUCCACCUGCACUGUGGAUAAGGCCUCCUCCCCUGCUACCAUGGUAACCAGGUCAGCCACGCCUAAGAAACAGGCAGCUAAGCAUGCUGGGAGGAGAACCACCCCAAGGUCACAGAGGUCAAGCAGCAGCAGAACAGUGGAGAAGAGGAAAGCUGAUGGCAGCUUGGACAGGCAGCAGAGCAAACGACAUGCCAGUAUCAGUAAAACAGGCCUGCCCCAGCAUGUGAAAAGAGAGAGGACUCUGAGUGCCCCUGUAUCCAGGAGAAGCAGAGCCACCCCUCAGACACACAGGGCCUCCAGCUGUACAGACUCUGUACAGGACAAGGAGAGAAGACAGAGUUCUACAAGUAGGGCUGCAACAUCCGAGAAGGACACAGAUUCAUCAGGAAAGCAACAGAAUGUCACAGAAAAGAGAUCAGACAGACACAAAAGGAAACUGUGGCAAGUUGUAGAUGAAGCUCUGACACAGAACGGUGUAGGAAAGAGCCACAAGAAGUACAAAGCCUGCUGCACUCGUCUCUUUGAGAUCUGCAAGAUGUUCCUGAAGGACUUAAAGAAUUCCCACAAGCUGGAGGAUCACAUGAAGAGGCUCGCAGAACAAAACGUAAAACAGGUUGUUGGUUUCUACAUUGAGUAGAGGAGAUGGUAUGGAUGUGGAUGACAGAGGACAUGUUCCCUGUGUACAUCAGUAUUCACAAUUGUUGCAGCUGAUGUAACUUGUGAAGCUUUUUAAUCAAGAAAAUGAAAAGAAAAUGAAUGUAAAUGUGAAUAACUGAUUCUUUUAUCUGUCAGUGCUGGUCUUUGUACAACAUUCUACAAGUAUCAAUCAUUCUCGAAUAUAAAAUAAACUUUGCAAGAAGGAA